GUGAUAUCCACGAACUAACCCGAACCAAUCAUGUCCGGAAGAGGAAAGACUGGAGCCGGAAAAGUCAGAGCGAAGUCCAAGACCAGGUCCUCUAGGGCCGGGCUCCAGUUCCCCGUGGGUCGUGUCCACAGACACUUGAGGAAGGGUAACUACGCCCAUCGUGUCGGCGCCGGAGCUCCGGUGUACCUGGCGGCGGUGCUUGAGUAUUUGACCGCUGAGAUCCUUGAGCUGGCCGGGAACGCGGCCCGCGACAACAAGAAGACCCGCAUCAUCCCCCGUCACCUGCAACUGGCCGUCCGCAACGAUGAGGAGCUCAACAAGCUGCUGGGCGGAGUGACCAUCGCUCAGGGCGGCGUGCUGCCCAACAUCCAGGCGGUGCUGCUGCCCAAGAAGACCGAGAAGGCCGCCAAGAAGUAGAGACCCGGACCGGUUCUCGGUUCACCCAACGGCUCUUUUAAGAGCCACCCACUCCUCUGAAAGAGAAAUCCUGUGACUUGUGAAUCAUACCAUAGUGUGAUAUAAAUUAUAAAGAUUUUAGAUUUUUCAAAUGCUCUGAAACCUAUGGUGGUAUUUAUAACAUGGUUUACAUUACAUUGGUAAAUGG